AUGAAGUUUGUCUUUCAUUACCUGGGUGACCCCAUGGACGGUGUGACCGGCGCCCGGUCAGCGUCCAAGAAAACGUUCAAGCACAUGGAGUUGUCGACGCCGCUGAGCGAGCUGCUGCCCAAGGCUGCUGCUGCCUUUAAGAUCCGCCUUCGUGCUGAUCACUCGUUCUUUCUCAUCCAUCCCAAGCGGCUCGACUCGGUCCUGUCCAUGCUCACCCUCGGCCGUUCUGCUGCUGCUGCUGCUGCCGCCGCCAAGAAGUCCAAGAAGAGCAAGUCCAAGCGUGGCAGGCACUCGAUCCUGGUCGAUGCUGACGAUGACUGGACGUCGCCGCUGUCCAAAGUCGAUGCUGCCCUCGGCGAGUGGCUCAACACUGAGCGAACGCUGCUUGAGUUGCGGUUCAACCCCGACGCCCAGAACCACUUGCUCUUUACCCGCGUCACCUAUCCACUCCGCGUCGUCCCCGCUCUCGGCGAGGAACCGCGGGUGGUCAUUUCCAACUACAACGAUCUCGUGCAGGACCUCAUUGUUCCCAUUGCUGCCAAGUUUGGCGUCACCAACGCCAUCUCGUACGGCCUCGUCAACACGGCGUCCAUGCCGGCCGGCAACGCCGCCGGCCAGGCAUCGGCUCCGCUGAGGUACCUCAACAUGCUGUCAGACUUGCCUUCUCAAGGCGUACUCCCCACCGACGUUCUGCUCUUCAGUAAGCGGCUGGUGACCAACGACGAUCACGCUAUUCUCGACGGCGCUCUGGCCUCCUCCACACCAGAAACCGAUCUUGACAGCGUCUUUGCAGAGAUCCGUGACGCUAUUCUCACGGAUUCAUACCCGGUCCGCAUCGAGGAGGCGCUCCAGCUCGGUGCCGUCCUUCUCCAGGAGAAGUUCUCCAACCCGCCGGACGAUGCUACCGCCCACCGCGCCACCAUCGAAGGCGCACUUGCAGAGGUCCUCCCUGCCCGCCACUGGAAGGUCGACAACGUCAUCGCCAAGCUCGCUGAUGCUCACGUUGCGCUCAACUCCAAGCCUGGAACCGGCGACAUGAUUCCGCUCUCGGCGCGAAAGUACUUUAUCCGCCUCGCCAAGCGGCUCAAGACCUUUGGCUGCACCAAGUUUGACGUCAUGGAGACCCGCUCGUCCGGAGCAAAGACUCCGGCGGUCCUUGCCAUUACCCGUGACCGCAUCCUCCGCAUUCAUCCCAAGACCAACGCCAUUGUCACUCGCUUCAAGCUCACGCAGCUCGCCAAGUGGUCGUCCAAGCGCAAUACCGUUACACUCGACUUUGGCAAGCAUGCCUCGCGCCCGUACGUCAUUGACUCACCGGUUCCUGAGCAGAUCGUCCAGCUCAUCUCGGGCUACGUUGAGCUGCGCAUGCAGCAGGACCUCUCGUUUGACCCACACAAGGCCCCGCCGGCGUCGCCUGACAUCGGGCCGGGGGGGCCACCGCGUCCGUCCGAUGCCGCCGACCUCGAUGCCCGCGCUGAUGCCGCCGUUGCCAAGACUGAUGCUGCCGCCACCAAGCCCGACGCUGCCGCCACCAAGGCUGCCGAGGUCGCCGCCCUGGCCAUGGCUGCCGAAGAUGGUGCCGGCCCAUCUGGCCCGGCCGGCUUGUCCGGCCCUCCUGCGGACGAUGGGGACUCACCACCACCGUACGAGUUUGCAGACUCGUCGCCGGUCCUUCACAACGCAGACCUUGCGUCGCAGGCCGGCCCACAGGCCAUCACUCUAGAGGAUCCCAAACGCGUUGACGCUGCUGCUGUCACAGCUGGCAUAGCUACAGUUCACGACGCUGCGGCCUCGCCACCCAAGUUUGGCACUGAGCCCGUGGUCAAGCUCCUCGGCCUUGCGCCGCUGGCAUCGGCCGCAGACGGCGACCCCAGCCUCCCUGUUGCGCACCUCCAGCAGGCGCUUGCCGCCUUUGUGGCUGGCGUCUGCAAGUGUCUCUCCAUGGCCACUGCAACGCCUCUCGACGCCGCCAAGGUCCACAAGCACCUUGCUUUUGUCUCGUCGCUUCCACCUGUCAUCGCUUCAGCCUUUCUCGCCCUCGCCGACACGCCCACCGCAUCCAACAUCGACCCGCCGCUGGCAUCGACCGAGACCUUUCUUGCCCUCUACACCAAGGUCUACGCCCAUCUCGACGCGCUCCUCGAGUCGGCACAGGCGCUGACCGGGGUCGAGUCCGAGGACAAGCCGCGCCAGGCCGCAAUGGCUGACGAGGCCAGCCUUCUUGGCGAGACCAUGACCACGAUGACAGCGGCCAUCGGCGUCCACGGUGUGGCGACGUCGCGCAUCACCGAGAUAUCCGCGCUCGCCCACCGUGCCGCCGAGGUGAGCACCGAGCUGGUGGCCGCGGCCAAGCAGGUGGCGCCGUCGAUCCAGGCCGACCCACAAGCGCUGGCCGGUCUUGUGGCAGCCGCCAAGGCCAUGUCACUCGCGAACACACUCCUUUUGCCUACCGCCCUUCUCACCGCCCCGCUCGUCCACCGACCAGACUCGUUCCGGCUCCUCGCCAGCGCCGCUGGCCAGGUUACCAACGCUGCCUCACGGCUUGCUCACCGCUACCCCGAGCUCGCCGCGCCGUCGCUCUCAGUCAACACGGCGGUGACGUACGUGCUUGCGACGGCAAACCCGAACUCGGUUGCCGCCGCCAUGGUCUCGGUCUCCAAGGCGCUCCAGGAGCUGACCGAGUUUACCGGUGACGGCGGCGUUCCGCCAGAGCUGCCGGCCUCGGCGCCCGAGACUCCGCCGAGCCGGCUCACACUCCUUCCGCUGGCGCUCAAGAAUGAGUUUGGCAACUCGGACGCCGCGCUGCCACCGGGCGCCACUGCCGAUUUUAUCACCACCUCGCUCGCGGCUGCCACCAUGUACACCAAGAUCAUCAAUGUCAUUCCCAGCGUGACGGGUGCGCUCGUCUCUGGCGCAACCGACAUCUCGCUCGGGCUGGCCAAGAUCGGCCGUGCCCUGCUUGAGAUGGAGCGCCAGACGGUGUUUGGUGCCUCUGGCGCGGCUGCUACCCUGAUGGCUCUUGCCAAGCCGGGCACCCACGCCGGCGCGCUCGGUGCGUGCUACAUCAAGCUGGUCCACACUCCACUGGAGCGUGCCCGUGCCUUCCUUCUGGCCGCCUCAACCAUGAUCAAGGCCGCCCAGCGACUGCCGUACGUCGCCGGCACCCCUGAAGCCGCCGCGCUGGUCUCCUCGCUCCAAGACCAGUCGGCCCAGCUGGUCCAGCUCUCGGAAGCCGGCCUUGCCACACUCACCUCGCUCCUGGACGCCUCGACCGAGGCCGGGCCUGAGAUCCGCAGCUCUCUUUCGGCCACUCUCUCACAUCUGGAGCAGUGCUCGGUGACUCUCAAGCUGGCGUCGACCGAUCUUGCGACGGCGACAAGUGCUGUCCGCGACGCUGCAACCACCGCGGGCGACGGCGUCGCUGCCGAGACCGCGGCGCUAGGACCGGUCAUCUCACACCUUCCGACUGUGAUGGAGCUCGCGCCGUCGGCAGCGCCGAUUCUGCUCUUCCGGGUUGCCGAUGCUGUCAGCGCGCUCAGCGACCACGGGGCAAUGCUUGCUCGCACUGCCGUCGGCCAGGCACACGACCCUUCGCUGGCGCUGCUGGAUGAGGCCAAGAGCCUAACCUCACACGUCGAAGCCGUCGCCGACCUUGUGCUCGGCUACCUCGGUGAGUCUGCUGCCCACCCGUCAGUCGGUCUCAAGUUUGACUCGCGCGAGCUGUGGAGGAAGGUCAAGCUCAUUGCGGGCUCGACCAACAAGAUCGGCGGGCACGUCAAGGCUAUUCUUGCCCUCCUGCCCCCGGGCGACGACACGGAACAGCCGGCGCUUUCGGAAGCCGUCGCUCGCCUGGCCAUUCAGCUCGAGCUGCUUGACGGCGCGGUCGGCGUGCUCAGCUCGGGCUGCACCGACGAUGCCGAGCUCGAGCCGUUCCUGGACUUGGCACCCGAGCGCGAGAUGGGCGUGGCGUCCAAGUCGUUUACCGCCCUCCGCAAGGAGGCCAUGCCUGCGGUCGCACGCGACCUGGCCUCGCUCUCGGUCUCGCUCUCGCAGAACGUCAAGGCAAUGGCCAAGUCGCGGUCGGGCCUGGAUGUCGAGGCUGAUGUCCUCAACAUUGCCUCUGAGCUGCUGUCGGCUGUCCUCGGUGCAUCUGCGAUUGUUGCCGGCGUCAUGACCAAGCUUAGCGAAGACUCAGCGCUCAUGGCCGCCGAGCUCACUGACGCAGUCACAAGUCUUGCGCACGAUGUCGGCACUGUGAUUCGAGAAGUCCUCGCCGCAGUCCGCGACGCGCCGGCUGACAGUUCGAGCCCGUUCUCAGCAACUGUUGCUUCCAACAUUGUCUCGACGACCAAGGGCAUAUCUUCUGGCAUUUCGAGCUACAUUGACGCCGUCAAGGCUGUGACCAAGGCAGCAGCCGAGGCCGAGGCAGCAGCAACAGCUGAGGUUGAGGCUGAGGCUGAGGCUGAGGCAGCAGCAACAGCUGAGGCAGUGGCCGAGGCAGCAGCAGCAGCGGCGGCAGUUGAGGUUGAGGCAGUAGCAGCGGCGGCAGCUGAGGCUGAGGCUGAGGCAGUAGCAGCGGCGGCAGCUGAGGCUGAGGCUGAGGCUGAGGCUGAGGCAGCAGCAGCGGCGGCGGCUGAGGCUGAGGCAGUAGCAGCGGCGGCGGCGGCGGCUGAGGCCGAGGCUGAGGCAGCAGCGGCGGCCGAGGCAGCAGCGGCGGCCGAGGCAGCUGCCAUCGAGCCGGUUGACAAGCUCAAAGCACUCGUGGCUGAGCGGCUGGCUGCAGUAGCGAACAACACGCUGGUGCAGGUGAGCAAGUCUGAGGACACGUUUACCAUUGCCGGGGCUGCUGACGCGCUCUCAGGACUCUCGGGCUCGGGAACGGUGGCGGCGGGUGAGGCGCUGGGACUGAAGCUCGCGGAUCUGGCGACGAUGCUUGUGGAUCCGAUUGCGCAGCACGAUUUGCUGGACGCCGCCAGCUCGCUGGCGGAGGCGUUGCACUCGCUUGCGGCUGCCGACGAGACGACACGGGCUAUGGCGCUUGUCCGGACGCUGUGGUGUGGCAUCGUGGGCUUGCUCCGUGCUGUCCAGCUGGAGCUGGCGCAGGAGAGCUCGCAUGGGGCAGCUGAGGCGAAACCGCUGACUCUGACAGCACUGCUGCAGAUCCGCGAGAUGAGCCGAGCAGUGGUGAGCGCGGUGCCGACGCUAGCGCAGACGGUCGAGUUUUCUGACGAGCUCCACGCGGCUAUCGAUGUUGUGCGUAAGUUUGCGCUCGCGCUCGCGACCGAGCUAGCGGCUCCAACGUCGAAUGCCGCGCCGCGGCCGGAGUGGAUGUCGGCGUCGGCCGCCAAGGGCGAGCGCAAGGCUGCGCACCGGGCCAUCUUUGCGCUCGAAGAGCUCGUCAGCGCCGCCGCCGAUGGCGAAGAGGUGGAUGAGCAGAUGCAGAGCGUGCUCGCCGCGCUAGGCAAGUUCUCGAAGAAGACUGACAAGCUGAUCAUAGCUGCCGAGGACUUUGAAGACUCAACGUCGUCGUCCGACACCGACUCGACUGAUGAAGAAGAGCUGCAGCACGAGCUCGAUGAGGCAGCAGAACUUGUCGAGGCCGCGCUGCACGUCGCCGAGGAGGGCCGGGCAAGGUCGGCCGACGCGCACCUGGUCGACGAGUCGCUCGACGUUGGCGCCGCCGCCAAGCGUCUGGUCACCCACGCGGCAGAGAUGCAGAAGGAGCUCGAGGACGCCGAGGCUGCGCGGCCUUCGGUCUUCGCCUACCACAGCGGUUCGGCCUGGAACCGUGGCCUGGUCUCGGCAGCUCACGAGGUGGCGUCUGCGGUCUCUGACCUCUGCUCUGCCGCUGUUGCCGCCGAGGCUCCGGCCUCUGCCCGAGUUCUCGCUCUCGCCAAGCAGGUCUCGGCUGGCUCUGCACACGUCCUUCAUGCUGCCAACACCAAGGCCGCCCCGGAAUCCAAAGCAAUUGGCAAGCUCAAGAAGGCAUGCAAGGAGCUGAAGGCCGCACUGGCUGCCAUCACCCAGUUGGCUCACAGCGAGCGGGCCGUGGCAGCCGCGGCGUCGAGCCCCUCCAACACCAUCGGCCCAGGCACCUUUACCCGCACCACAUCACAGGCCCGCCUCAUCGAGCAGCGGCAGGCCGUACUCGAGAUGGAGCAGAAGCUCGAGCAGGAGCGUCGUCGUCUUGCCGAGCUCCACAAAGAGCAGUACAACUAA